AUGACUAUUGAUUAUCGUGGAGCUACUACUGAAGACCUGGAUCUUUUACCAGCUUUGACCAUUUCCCCUGAGACUCCCUUGAAACAAGCCCUAGAGGUUUCUUAUGAGCGCGAAUACUCUUAUCUCCCUGUUGUUUCGACCAAGAACAAGCGAUUAUUAGGAUACCUCACAGCAGAUCUUUUGCAAAACGCCAGCGAAAAGUCUUCGACACCCAAUGACCUGGUCAAGAACCACUUCAUUCGCUUUUUUGGGCCCAAGAAGCCUGCCAAGGCUGAUGGCGAGGACCGCGAGUUUUUCAAGAUUACCCCUUUUACACCAUUGGAAAAGCUUGAGGAGUUUUUUGCAUCAGGCGAAGAAUUUGCAAUUGUGACAGAUGAAGAUAGACGCUUUGUCCUUGGUGUUGCUACAAAGGAAGAUCUUGAGAAGUUUGUCAAGAACAGACCGUCCCUUAAGGUGUAA